GUAGAGGAUGGCCGAUGUAACUGAUGGUAACUCCAGGUUGCGCUGUCGAUUCCGCCUCGUCCUGCACAAUCGAUCCCGUUGCAGGGACAACCAACAAGCUGAUGUUGCCGAAACGCACACAGUGAAAACACUGACACGAUGGAUUUCAAUGUCAAGAAACUAGCGUCGGAUGCAGGUGUCUUCUUCACUCGUGCUGUUCAGUACACAGAGGAGAAGCUUGGCCAGGCAGAAAAGACUGAACUUGAUGCCCAUCUGGAGAACCUGAUUGCUCGAGCGGACUGCACCAAAAACUGGACUGAAAAGAUCUUCAGACAGACCGAGGUGCUGCUUCAACCCAACCCAAUUGACCAAACUGGUGCGCGUAUUGAAGAGUUUUUUUAUGAGAAAUUGGACAGAAAGAUCCCAUCUAGAACCACCAAUGCAGAGCUGCUGGGGCAGUAUAUGCAGGACGCUGCAAAGGAAUUUGGGCCAGGAACUCCGUAUGGUAGUACUUUGAUCACUGUUGGAGAGUUUCAGAGGAGGUUGGGUGGAGCAGAGCGGGAAUUCCUACAGAUGUCAGCUAUUAACUUCCUCACACCACUGAGGAACUUUCUAGAGGGUGACUGGAAAACCAUUUCUAAAGAGAGAAGGCUACUUGAGAACCGACGCCUUGACCUGGACAUUUGCAAAGCUCGGCUCAAGAAGGCAAAGUUAGCAGAGGACAAGGCUGCUUGUGAGGGAGAUGCUGCGCCUGACUUUCAGGAGACUAGGCCACGCAAUUAUGUUCUGUCGGCCAGUGCAUCUGCGCUGUGGAGUGAGGAAGUGGAUAAAGCAGGGCAUGAGUUGCGUGCGGCUCAGACUGAGUUUGACAGACAGGCAGAGGUCACAUGCCUCCUGCUGGAGGGCAUCAGCAGCACACACGUGAACCAUUUGCGCUGUCUGCAUGAGUUUGUGGAGGCCCAGGCUGCUUAUUACGCACAGUGUCACAAGCACAUGCAGGAUCUUCAGAAAGAGCUGAGCAGUGCAAACGGAGAUAAGUAA